GUGCAUUAUUGGGGAACACAGUUAUUUUUCAAACUCCAGACAUUCUCACUAUUUCUUACAUCAAAAAUAAUCCAAAUUUCUAUAACUAUUGUGACCAACAAUUGGAAGAUGUGGUAGAAAUAGAUGAAUGUCAUUCAUUUAUAGCUUGUAAAGGAUUAAGUGAUUUGGCAAAUAAUGAUCCACCCACCAAUUUUUCAAACAUAAACGGCAUAGGUGGAGACUUUGAUAAAUGGGCCGGAAGCAAAGAAUACAGGGGAUAUAUCCUUAUUCCCAGUUUUAACAUUAAAUGUAAUGCUGAAGGUUAUCUUGUCUUGGCUAAUCCUGACUAUCAUAAUCAAGAAAAUCCAACUAAAAAUCCAGAAAAAGUCGCCGAUGCCGAACACAAUCCUUAUGGCUAUACAAAAAUCCCUCAAGCACCUUGGGGAACCCGUUGGCUUUAUCAAACUUGUCCUGUUGAAUAUGAACAGGCUGAUAUUUAUACAGAGGACCCAACAUUCAAUGGGUUUCAAUCCAAACCAAUCAAUAGUAAUACUUGCCUGAAUAUUCAUAAUUUUAGAACUAGUCGAUUAUCUCCUUGUGCACGACGUGCUCAACAGGAAAUAACAAAAACAGAUGCGCUAUUUAUUUUCACUAACAUUAAUAUGAAAGUUUGUUGCGACCAUCAAGUUUCUAUUACUAUUGAUCGUAGUAUUUUCCCCCAGACCUGUCUUUACAUUGAUGAAAAAAUGUCUGGGGGCAGUCAGCCAGAUCCUUCUAAAUUAUCUAAGGCUGGUCACGGAAAAAUUGCUCAUUCUAGUAAAUCAUUAAUAUAUAAUGAAAAAGUUGAAAAG